AUGCCAAUAAACGCAUCGUGGACCGACGUGCGGCGCCUGCAAGAGUUGGCAGCUGAUCUCCCUCUAGAGGUGUUGACUCUUCUGGGUCCUUCCCCUUCACUCCCGUCAAUCAACCAAGAGUCCCUAACUGAAACGGAACUCAAACUACAAGAAUUUUGGGCUACCGUCCUCGCCCGUGAGCCUAGCCAGCUAGGUCUCGAUGACAGUUUCUUCCACAUUGAUGGCAGUUCUCUCGAAGCCAUUCGCCUCGUCGGUCUCGCUCACGCCCAAGGUCUGGAUCUGACGGUUCAGCAGAUUUUGCAGAGUCCCAAGUUGAGAGACCAAGCGGUUUCGCUCAGGCCUCCUGCCGAGUUUGCGUCAGAAGGCGGACCCAUUCCCCCACUGUCACUGCUCAACCCAGAGACGGAUCGCCGCACAGCGCUUCAGUAUGCUGCCAAGCUUACCGAUGUCGAGCCGAGCCAGAUCGAAGAUAUCCUCCCGUGCACACCUUUGCAAGAGGGCCUACUGACCAUGACUGCUCAGCGUGAGGGAGAUUACGUUGCGCGCAGCGUGUACCGCCUUCGCGCUUCGACUGAUCUAGAUCGCUUCAGGAGAGCGUACGAGGAGGUGGUGACCAAGGCACCGACUCUGCGCACCCGAGUGGUGAGUCUCCUCGAUGAUAGACUGGUCCAGGUUGUUGUCAACGAAUCUUUCCAAUGGGGUCCCGUCCUGGACAUGGACUCUACCUCUUCCUUCGAGAGUCAGACUCUGGGCCAGGCCCUCGGAUCAGCAUUGUCCUUCUUUGCUCUGGCCGAAAGCACCCAGGAGGCAGCGACGUACUUCGUCUGGACGAUUCAUCACGCUCUCUAUGACGGCUGGUCGGCGCCCCUCAUCUUGGACGCCAUCGAGCAGGUCUACAACGGCGGCCAGUCACCAGUCUUUGUCCUUUUCCGGGGCUUCUUAAAACACGUGCUCCAGCAGGAUAGCACAGCCGCUGAGGACUUCUGGCGAGUUCAAUUUGAUGGCGGCGACAGCGCCGUUUCCUUCCCCGCGCUCCCCGACCCCUCCAAGGUGCCCCUUGCCGAUACCGUUAUGGACCGUCUUGUGAACCUUGACUGGCUCCGCGGCAACACCACACCCGCAACAGCUGUCCGCACAGCCUGGGCUAUUCUGCAAUCCCAGAUCUCUGGAUCCAAGGAUAUCGUCUUUGGUGCAACCUUGACGGGCCGACAAGCCGAUGUCGCUGGCGUGGAGCGCAUGACGGCGCCAACCAUUGCCCCGCUUCCCGUACGAGUGAUGCUACAAGACGAUGAGAAUGUGGAGGAUAUGCUGCACUUGAUCCAGAAGCAGAUGGUGGACAUGCUUCCUUUUGAGCAGUUUGGUGUUCAGAACAUUAAGCGCGUGUCCGCCGCUGCUCGCGAUGCUUGCCAAGCGCAAACGCUUCUGCUGAUCCAACCUGCCGGUCAAAACUUGUCACUGAGGCAGAACGGCCUCAUGUCUCACGUCUCUGGUUUCGUUCACGAGACCAAGUCCUAUGCCCUCACGCUCUACUGCUACCUCGAGGCCGAUGGCGUGCACAUCUAUGCGGUGUUUGACUCAUCGGUGAUCAAGGCGGAGCGGGUGUCCAGGAUACUUGGACAGUUUGAGCACAUCUUGAAGCAAUUAUGCGACGCAGAGAAGCUUGCUUUGAAAGUCUAUGAUCUUGAGAACGCUCAAGUCCCCCCGACAAUGGACCGCUGUGUGCACGAUAUGAUAAUCGACCGCGUCCAUCAACAGCCCGAGGUGGAAGCCAUCCAUGCAUGGGACGGCGACCUGACAUACGCACAGCUAGAUGCCCUUUCGUCGACUUUGGCUCGCCACCUUAUCAAGCUCGGGGUCAGCCAGGACAUGAUUGUGCCCCUCUGCUUCGAGAAGUCCAUGUGGACUCCCGUGGCUGUGAUGGGCGUCAUGAUUGCCUCGGUCCUGCGCAGGAACCAGCCAUCUAGACUUUGCUGGUGGGUGCGUCUGUAUCCCCCUGGACGAGGACCGGAGAAACGACUGGCUGCCUCGAUCAACCACAUGGGGGCCAACAUGCUCAAUCUCAACGCCACGACCCAUCGUCUUCUAAACCCGGCGACACUCCCGGCCGUCAACAAUCUAAUCUCCUUGGGCGAGCCAAUUCGCAAGGAAGACGUCGAGAUCUGGACACCGGGAGUCAUCAAGCAAGCCUACGGCCCCGCCGAGUGCACACCCAUCUCGACCGCCCUACGCGGGGAGGCCGGCGACCAGCCAAAUGUCGGCAUCGGCAGCGGGCUGGACUCUCUCAGAUGGGUCGUGGACCCGGAUACCGGUCGACUAAUGCCGCCAGGAAUCAUGGGAGAACUCUGGCUUGAGGGCCUCAUUGUCGGCGCCGGGUACCUGAACGAAAAGGAAAAGACGGCGGCCGCUUUCGUCCAUGAUCCGGCAUGGCUACUGAGGGGAGGAGGCGGCGUUCCAGGCCGUCAGGGCCGUCUUUACAGAACUGGCGACCUCGUACGACAGCUCGAUGACGGACGUCUAGUGUUUGUCGGACGCAAAGACACCCAGGUCAAGAUCCGCGGCCAGAGAGUCGAGCUGGAAGACAUUGAGCACCACCUCCACCGCGUCAUGGUCUGCCGGCAUGAGAACGCCACCCUGGUUGCCGAGGUCAUCAAGCCGGGAGGCCAGGAGCCCAUUCUUGUGGCCUACGUCGCAGCGCGCCAUCAAGGCGCCGCCCGCGUUCGAGGGUUUCACGGCGGCGAACCUCUCCGCGAUACAGACGACGUGGUAACGACGAUGACGGUGUCGGGUCGCUCCACGCUCCCGCCCGCGCUGGCCAACGUCGUCGGCCCUACCGUCAACAUGGUGCCCCUGCGCGUGCGGCUUGACUCCGGCAAGACAUUCAAGGGCACGCCCGAGGCGACGUGGCGACCCGAGGAGCGCCGGUCAACGUACAUUGUGCAUUUUCAGAACUCGGAGCCGUUCACAGUAAAUAUGAUGGGAGAUGGCGAGUGCUGCCAGGAGCUUGGCUGGUUCGGGCCGGACAAGGUGUGGGAGCACUCGGAGGAGGUAUGGCUCAUCGCGCGGCCGGAUCCGGAGACUGAGACGUGGAACCUGUGGUACAGCGCCAACACGGUCAAAUUUAGCCUAGAAAGGCUGGAGGAACUCAUCCGGGAGCUAGAGGCUGUCGUCGAGAAGAUUGUAGAGGACGCGGCGAAAUGA